AUGGAGGGGCGGGAACGAGGCGGAAAGGGAUGUCGAAUUCUGUCACGUGCAAAAAGUGGCGUGAAAAUUUUGAAUCCGUCGGCUGUAUUAUACCCAGUGGUAGGUACGUAUGCCGAAACUAGACCAGUGCGACUUAGGCUGCGGAAGGGAGUGCAGUACGAGUGGUGCUCAUGUGGAUUAUCCGGAAAACAGCCGUGGUGCGACGGUAGUCAUAAAGCGGAAGGUGUCACAACACUCAGACCCGUUCUUUUCGAAGUUGAAGCUGACGGAGAGUACAGCAUGUGCCUUUGUAAAGCUACUCGAAAACGUCCAUUCUGCGAUGGCCAAUGCAGGCCGUGGUGCGACGGUAGUCAUAAAGCGGAAGGUGUCACAACACUGAGACCCGUUCUUUUCGAAGUUGAAGCUGACGGAGAGUACAGCAUGUGCCUGUGUAAAGCUACUCGAAAACGUCCAUUCUGCGAUGGCCAAUGCAGGCUGCAAGUGUGGAAACGUCGAUACGAGGGUCAGCCACAAUACUGUGCAUAUGCAAAAUCACCUGUAUAUGAGGGAGUGGCCGAAAAACUUGGAUAUAAUCCGAAGCAUGGUCGUUGGCACUUUUGA